UAAUGAAAGCAUGGAUAAACGAAUCCAUUGCUGUAUGCUUUAAAUUUCCCAAAAAUUAUUUACUAGUAACAUUAUAAGUAGCCUACCUCUCUUCUCGAAGCCGGGUGAUGCCAAGCAAGCUACCGACACCGCUGAACAAAGUAGACGACCUCGGUUAGUCGAUCAGCCUAUGGAGCGUAUACUAAAUCUUUCGCGGUCGUCAUUAUAGCCUUGUUUUCAUCGGGAGCUCAUAAUUUAGACUUUUCAUUGGAGUGCACUGAGUUCUGUUGGACGUCCAACAUGUUAACGGGAUCUAAAACCACGUUCAAAGUAAGGCAAAUGGUUCCAGAUAUGAAGGAGAGGAUGCUGAGUCAGAGUGGUCUUAAUACUCGGGGUCGAGAUAUGUUUGGUCUACGCUGCCUACCAGGAGAGUGUGUCCUCCAGCGGGCAGUGCUGGUGAGGAAGAAGCUAACGCCCAGGGAAGGGGGUGGCUGGUUGGCAGGCACGCUCUUUUGUACCCACUUUAGGGUGGCGUUUGUACCCCAGGAUGGUCCCAAACCUGACGACAACGCAGACCCAGUGCUUCUGGGAGAUCACGAUGUGGCUUUGGCCUCCAUAGAUAAAGUUGUAGCUGUGGGCCCAUCCAGAACCAAACUUGUGACUCCAAACUCCUCACUAAAGUUCACACCGGAAGAGCUGGUGUUGUAUUGUAGGGACCUUCGAGUCCUCUGCUUCCUGUUCGACCGCCUUACCCCCGACACACAGGCUAUAGAGAUAACCUACACCAUUGCCAAGACCUACCAGCCUACAAAGCCAGGGACAGUCCUCUCCUUCCAGAAUGCUGCCCUGGGGAGUGUUGAGAUGAAGCAGUUUCUAAGCAACCGCAGGCGCGACGCCUCCAUGAACUGGUUUGAGUGUUCGUCUGACUGGGAGCGGGAGCUGGAGAGAACUGGGGCCUGUGGCUGGAGGGUCAGCUCCGUCAACGACCGCUUUGAGAUGUCCACCAGUCUGCCAAGGUUUAACAUAGUGCCUCAGAAGGUUCUAGACACUGAGCUAAAGAAGACCUUUGCACACUUCAACGAGGGACGCAUACCUCGCUGGUGUUGGCGCCACCCUCGGGGAAGCGACCUGCUACGGAUGGCCAGCUUCCAGAACAACAUCUAUCACGAGAAGGAUGAUAUCAGGAACCUGGAGUUGAUCCUGUUCGGAGGACAGUCUCUGUGUGUGGUGGUGGAGCUGGGUGAAGAGAUGCCUUCACCUGCAGACAUCCAGCUGUCUCACACUCGCUUGCGUGCCCUGUGUCUGGGAGACAUCUCCACAUCUGUGUCUGUGCCUGAUGACAAAUGGCUGUCUACCCUGGAGAGCACUCAUUGGCUGGACUACACCAGGUGCUGUCUGAGGAAAGCAGCCGAGGUGGCCUGCCUGCUCCGAGGCGGUCACCUGACCGUGGUGCUGCAAGAGGCGGAGGACCGGGACAUGAACUGUGUGGUGUCCAGCCUGGUGCAGGUGAUGUGCGACCCCCACAGCAGGACCAGGGCAGGCUUCCAGGGCCUGGUGCAGAAGGAGUGGGUCAUGGCCGGACAUCGUUUUUACAGCCGCAUCAACUACAACCGGGACAGCGACAAGGAAGAGGCUCCAGUUUUCCUGCUAUUUUUGGACUGUGUGUGGCAGCUGUGGUCUCAGUACCCCUCCCGCUUCCAGCUGACCAGUGACUUCUUGCUGGCCCUCCACGACAGCGUCCACCUGCCCCUCUUUAGCAGCUUCCUGGCCAACUGCCAGAGGGAGAGGUGCAAACGCACCCAGAACCUAUCCCAGAGUUACACCCUCGUCAAUGGCUGGAGAGACGUGCUUCCCCAAGGCUCUUCCCAGGAGACCUCAGACCCCCCUCUGCCCCCCGUGUGGGACUGGGGCCUUCAGUACAGCAGCCAAAGGCGGGCACGCUUCACCCAGCCUGUGUCCCCACCCGCACCGCCCCCGCCCAUACUGAAUGGCAACCUUAACACCAACCCAGAUGCACACAGGCUCGGUGACACCAUCCCAGGCUCUGUGUUCCAGCUCUCCAGAGGCUCCUUCUCCUGUCCUGCCAACCUGCUUCCCUGGCGUAGUGGAGGCGGCUCAGGUGUUUACCGGAAGAGCCACCGAAGAGCCCCCUCCUCUGAGAACCUGCCUGGCCUGGAGAGGCUGCUGAAGGCUUGGGCCCUCACAGAGCUCCCCCACAGUCUCCCCAGCACCAUCACCACCGGGCCCCUGGACCCAUUUGAGCCCCUGCUGCCUCUGCUCCUCGGACCCUGUGUUGGGGUGUGGAGAGACUGCUACCUCCGAGGGGCACUUCAUGCACAGGCAUUCUCCCACCCUAUCUCCUCCAACACACAUCACCCUGUAGAGCAGCUGGCCUGGGAGGUACAGAACCUCCAAGACAAGCUAACAUUAGCCUCCACCGCCGGGGAGAACCAACCUCAUAAGAGACCAGAGCCCCGAAGGACAGAUACCAACCUCAACCAGAACACCAACAACGGCACAUUCCUUUUUCCAGCCUCAAGACCGCCGGGCCCAGCCACGACCAGACCAGUGCCCCCAACUUCCAACCACCAGACCAGGGGGCCUCCUCUCUCCACGGCCCCACAGUUGAGGCCUGGUCACAGGGAGAGCAGCCACAAGCACACCUUCCUCUUUGGUCAACCCUCAGACGCUCGCCCAGACCAACGCUACUUUCCUGCACCUAAUAAUGCCAAGUUUCCCAAGAGCAAUGGAUCUUCACUUGGUUCUUGAGCUCCCCUCAUCUGUUAGCACCUACAGUCCUAUCCCAGUCUCACGCAUUUCUAUUGGCUGUGAACUGUUAUUAGCUCGUUCACAGGAACACCCUGAAACUCACGACCCCCUUCCCUCGACACUGAAGAUGUGAUUUCUCUGCCUGUCACAGCAUAGUGAAGUGACUGUUAGGUGAAGAAGAACAGGGUGUCUGUUUUAGGCAGGGAGGAUGACAGCAGUUGUAAGGCAGUGUUUAGCUCAAAGCACAAGACAACAUUUUCCAGUUUUUGUUCCCUGUUGGCCACUGAAUAAUGUAGUUACUAUUUUCAUGAGAAAUGUUUUGAAAUGCAAGCUACAACCCAAAAUAAAGCCACAGAAAGUACAAACAGAAACCAUAAUAAUUUGUUUAAAAGCCAUGUGAAUUAGCUUUUGAUCAAAAAUCCAGAUUUUUGACCAGAUGGCUUAAUAAUGUUUUGUUUUAGCAUCAAAGGAUACAUUGACACAUAUGUCCAAUACCAGUUCAACCCAUAACAGUGUUACAAAAAAGCUGAUGGCCAAAUGCUAAGAAGAGACAUUGGUGUCACCCACAAACAUUUUUAACUUGGCAUUGUGUCCAGCAAAUCUGAUCUAGAAUUUGGGGCAUGAAAGCUAUUUUGGUACUGCUCUCAUAUCCUUCUACUUGCAUGUCUGCUAGAGGCCUAAAUUCAGUUCUAACUGUUACAAUGUAUUAGCCGGUGUGUGUGUGUGGCACUAUGUACACAAUGACUGAGUUGGUAUCCAUGACUGAUGAGGUGUGAUCACGACUUACAUUUCUAGAUGUUCUAUGUGGCAUCUUUAUUGAGUAUUAUGCAGAAAGUAUUAUUGACCUGUUUUGUUUAUAUGACUUUUGACAGUGUAAUAAUAAGGAAGAAAAAAUAUUUAAAAAUUGUUUGGACCAGGAUAUCUUUUUGUAAAUCAUGCUUGUAUGAUGGUUGAUACUUAUACUUACAGUAUUUUUCAUUUGGUACUGUUAGGAAACCGAUUAUCAGUAAGGGAAUAAUUAUUGUCUUAAACUUUAAGAAAAUAACAUGUAAUAUACUUUCAUCUUUUGUUCUGACCGCUAGUUUUAUAAUGCAAAUACCAUUUCGGUGUGUAAUAUUACAAACAGGAAUCGGUACGAAGUCUUUUAGUCCAGGGAAUAUUGUAUUUUGCAUUAUAUCAUUACUACGCAGCAAAUACAUUGGCAUCCCAUAAGGUUGUGAAAAUGCAUCUUCAUUUUAACACAGCUCAUACAUUUUUCUUAUGCAUGUACUUUUUUUGUACAUGAUAGCAGUGAUUUUGCCUUGUUCUUCCAUGGAAAAAACACAAGCUUGCAACACCUUUACAAGUAGUGAGCUACAAGAAUACUUAGUUUAUGAUUCCAAAACUUUAGGUAAAACCUUCCUAGUUCAAGCAUCCAAUUACCACUUGUAGUCCAACGGUCUACAUUAUUGCAAUACUUUAGAAUGUAUUAAAUGUUCAUUUGCCAGUUGUACAUAUUUUUUGUAUCUGCAUGCUUUUGUCUAUAAUAUCUUUAUGAAUAAAUUGUAUGAUUUA